AUGUACCAGUUGCCGGAUACACCGCCGCCGCGCGAGAAUACGCCACCGAUGCCGCAGAUGGCCGUUCCACGGCCGCACGUCGAGUUGUCGCCGACGCCGCCGCCGCCGCCCGAACUUGACGACACGCCGCCUCCGAUUCGACCGGCGCCGGACAUGAUUGACGGAUUCGAGUUUUUUGACGACGAGGGUCCGUCGAAUCGGAAUCGAAACGCGGCCGACGACGAUUUAGUCGACAUUGACGAUCUCUUCAAUUGUGGCCCAUUUUUUGGCGAGACCGUUGACGAGCAGAUCCGAGAGGAGGAUUAUGAUUCGUUUGACGAUUUUGUCAAAGAUCCGCCGCCGAAAGAUUCGCUUAAACGACAUCUUCCCUCGUCGUCGACGUCGUCGGAUGAUGGUUCGGACGAUCCGGACUAUGACGAUGGCGGUGAGAAUCAGGCGGCUCGAAAAUCGGCGAGAAAAAUGAGGAAGACGUCGCAGGCGAUGAGGCAACGACAAUGUAUGGUGGACGAAGCGAUGAGAAUUCGAUGGAGUCAGAUGGCGAAGCCGCCGCCGGAAGCGCUGAAGUGCCUAUUCGACAACUACGGUCAUCGCAAGUUUCGCGACAAACAAUGGGAUGUGAUACGAUCGGCGUUGGCUCGCGAUGAUCAAUUCGUGCUCAUGUCGACGGGCUAUGGCAAAAGUGUGUGCUAUCAGCUGCCGGCGCUUCUCCUCAACGGAAUGACGGUGGUGAUCUCGCCGCUCAUCUCGCUGAUGAACGAUCAGGUCGAAACGCUGAACGCGAAGGGAAUCGAGGCGAUGAAGCUUGACGGCGACUCGUCGCUGAAGGAGUGGGGCGAGGUGCUCAAAUAUCCCGAUUGUUUUCGAUUCGUCUACAUGUCGCCGGAGAUGGCCACUAGUCAGAAGGGAAUCCAGUUGUUGAAGCAAUGCCAGAAAUACAUCGUCCUGCUCGCCGUCGAUGAAGCGCAUUGUGUCUCGCAAUGGGGACACGACUUUCGAUCGUCCUAUCGCAAUUUGUCGAGCCUUCGAAACCACGACGAGCUCAAUCAGAUACCGAUGAUUGCGUUGACGGCGACGGCGACGAUGCGAGUGCGCCUAGAUGUGAUCAAAAAUUUGAAGUUGAAACUUCCGAAGCUGGUAACCACGUCAUUUGAUAGACCGAAUUUGUACAUAUCAGUCCAUCCGAUGAAGGAUAUUGCUAGCGAUCUUCUGCCAUUGCUCAAAGAGAAUGGAAACGCGCUUGGCCGCCAUUUCGGCGGACCCACCAUCAUUUAUUGUCAGACGAAGCAGACGACCGAUGAUCUGAACACGGUGUUGCAGCGCAACGGUGUGCUGUCGGCUAAAUACCACGCGGGUCUCAACAAAUGUCAACGCGAGAAGGCGCAUCAGGAUUUCGUGCGAGACAAAAUCACGACGAUCGUCGCCACCGUCGCGUUCGGCAUGGGCAUCGACAAGCCCGAUGUGCGGAAUGUCAUCCACUACGGAUGCCCGAAAGACAUUGAAUCCUACUAUCAGGAGAUGGGACGAGCUGGACGAGAUGGAGCGCCAAGUGUGUGUCGGGUGUUCUGGGCGCCGAAAGACAUUGUGAUGAAUAAGAAUCGGAUGAUGAGCUCGAAGGUGGCUGAAGACAUAAUUGCCAACUAUGUGUCGAUGCUGAAACAGCUUGAGCUUGUGCUCACCACCUCGACUUGUAGAAGAUACCAACUACUCAAACACUUUGAUCCGAGCGUUCAGAAGCCGACCGAUUCAAAGCCGGAUUGUUGCGAUCGCUGCACGAUUCUCAUGAAUGGAUCGGGCGAUAUGCAGAGCUCGAAGAUCAACGUGGCGACCGAAGCGAAAUGGUUGUUCGAUGUUGUUGGGCAGAUUUACCGGGGUAAGACCGGAAUUGGGAAGCCGAUUGAGUUUAUCCGAGGAUCGACGAAAGAAGAGUGGAGAGCGAAGAGCACAUUUGAAAAGAGGCUGUUCGGAAUUGGGAAGGCGCUGAGCGAGAAGUGGUGGAAGACGUUGGCGUCGAGUCUGAGACUCGCCGGCUACUUCAACGAGGUUCGCAAUCCGAACUUGCGCUUCGGCUCGUGCAUUGAACUGACGGCGACGGCGAGCGAGUGGAUGAUCAAAUCUCCGAGUUUGCUGAACAUUGAAGCGAAUCCGAUUCUAAUUCAAGGAAAAACGGAGAAGAAUCAGACGCGAUCAGCGACGAAUGUGGUCCGACAGGCGACCGACGAGAAGCGGAUUCUCAACGCGUCGAAACAAUGCGAUUAUAUUUCGGCGGCCGAAUGCCCGCUUCUCAAUGACAUGAAGCCGAAAGAGGAUUUGCAGCAUCCGGAAAAGAUUAAAAAGCUUCGCGAGAAGCUAACCGAAUUGCGAUCCGAGAUGGCUUCGAUGUACGAGAUGGCGCCAUUCCAAAUUGUCUCGAAUACGGUUAUUGAAGCUUUUGUCAAUUAUCGUCCGACUAGCAUCGGUGGAUUGGAUGUGAUUGAUGGGAUGUCGAUGGCGCAGAAAGAGCGAUACGCUCAUCGAUUCAUUGAUUGCGUCGCGAAAUUCGCCAAAGAGAAUCAAAUGACGACGAACGUGACGGGCAACGAGGAGAUGCCCGAAAUGCUCGUACGCCGAAUGGAAAUGGAUUUGACGCCGGCGGUUCAGAAGGUCUACGCGGCGCACGUCAUGUCGAAAGCCGAGCCGAAGAUGUUGGCGCAAAUGAAGUCGAUCAGCGAGAGCACUGUGUACACGUAUUUGACGACGGCUGUUGAGAAGGGAUUCCCGGUGUUCCUCGAACCGUUGGGCGUUGAUCGCCAACUUGUUGAGCAGGUGUUGACGGCAAUUCGAGCCAAACUUGGAUCGAAUGUGAUCCGCCUCGCGCCGAUCAUGGACGCGUUGCCGAAAGAUCUCAUGGAUUAUAACCGAUUGAAACUUUGUCGCGCGAUUUUGAUUUAUGAGUAUGGCUAUGAAAGCGAUGAGCCGUCAGUGUCGAGAAACUCGAUGCCUGAUUGGAUGGCGACGACGACGACGUCAUCAGUGGAAUGUCGGGAUGAGCGAAAGAAUACGAAAAGCAAAAUCAAGCUCUAA